GUCUCUCACCCAGUGAUUCUUCAUCCCCUGGGUCCUGUUGCAGAGUCUGCAUCCUUCGGUGACCAUGCCCAGCACUGGCCUGUCUGCUGCUUCUGGGAGGCGGCCUCUGUGAACACCAGGGCUGAGGGGAGCCUCUCCCCUGGGCAACGUGUGGGGCUCAGGACUGCCACAGUCUCCCGCCAACUCCAGGUUUGAGAAGAUUUCAUCAUGGGAAGCCUGCAUUAACUGCAUGGCCGUUCCUGUGUGUCCUCGUGUGUAUUCAUUAGCAGCAUGUGCCACCGCACAGUGUGGGGCGACCCCCUGCGUUCUUCUGAAUCCAGAUUUGAUUAGAACAUGUCUUCUGCUCAUGCUGCCAGUGAACUGAAAAUGCAACUUGGACUCUGAGAACCCAGAUGCACCCUCAGUGCUGCUGAUGUGGAUGCCUGCUCUGGUCCGAGCAUGGCCCUGCCUACUCCAGGAAUCCCAGAGACCUGGGACACCCCUGCAGUCUUGCCCUGUCUGUCUCUCCCAGUCCAACUCUCAAGGUCCAAAUCAGCAGAUCCUUAUAGAGGCCCAGCCUUGACCACCACCGAGGCCUCUGGCUCUCCUGUGCUGACUGCUGACCUGCCCUCCUCCCCCCUCCAGGCUCUUCCCAGCCUGGCUCUCCUCCACGUAUUCACAAGGUGCUGGGACAAGCUUCUCUGGCUUUGCUGUACGAGAUGUAUGGGACUCUCCUGGACACAAUUUUUGCAUCCAUCUGUCACCAUUCUUGGCCUAGUGUGACCUGCUCAGCCAGGCCCACAGGAGGCUUCUCCAUGGGAGGGAUCUGACAUCACUGUGGCCACAAAUCAGGGUUGGACUAGGUCGAGCUCUCAGCAUCAAAAAAGAACCCCAACUUUUAAAAGGAGGGUGGGAAUGCAGGGUUGGGAGAAAAGAAGCCUGGGCCAUGUGAGUAACGGAUUCAGAGAGAUGAUUCCCCCACCAUGCAGCCCUGGUGACUGCCAGUUGGGGCACCUACCCUGGGCACAGGGUGAGCAGGGGACCUGAGCCAGGCCAGACAGCGUGCUUCCCUGGGCAGCCAUCCUGUCAUCCAUGCAGGAAAACUGGUCUCAGAGACCACGGCCUGGGCCUAUGUGCCAAGGAUGAGGCGAGGAAGAGAGAUGGGGCAAGAAGACGGACGUGCAAGUGCCGAGGCUCCCCCAUUGUCCUUCAACCAGAAGAAAUGUGACCAUUGGCUGGCUAAGCAGAACCUGCCUUUUCUUUUAAAGCAAGAGAAUCAACCUUUUAAGCAAAAAAGGCCAGUUCCUUCUCUGUCGAGUGGAAGCGACCAGGCCUCUUGGAGCAGAUUGCCCUUGUUCUUCAGAGAUUCCCCUCAGGAGUGCCCUGGAAGGAAGCUGGGCAAAGGCCGUGCCUGCCAGAGUCGCCUUGAGGUGCAGAGCGCAAAGGCAUCUGGAAAGGGACAGAAAGCUUGGAUCGAAAGAACCUUUUGCAAACGGGAAUGUAUCUUCGUAAUUCCCAGCACUAAAGACCCUAACAGGUGUUGCUGUGGCCAGCUCACCAACCAGCAUAUUCCCCCUCUGCCAAGUGUGACAUCGAGCAAAAAUGGAGAAGAAAAUAAACAGGUGGAGACUCAGCCUGAAAAAUGGUCUGUUGCCAAACACACCCAGAGCUACCCAACAGAUUCCUAUGGGAUUCUUGAGUUCCAGGGUGGCGGAUACUCCAAUAAAGCCAUGUAUAUCCGCGUAUCCUAUGACACCAAGCCAGAUUCACUGCUUCAUCUCAUGGUGAAAGAUUGGCAUCUGGAACUCCCGAAGCUUUUAAUAUCUGUGCACGGAGGCCUCCAAAACUUUGAGAUGCAGCCUAAGCUGAAACAGGUCUUUGGGAAAGGUCUGAUCAAGGCCGCCAUGACCACCGGGGCCUGGAUCUUCACUGGGGGCGUCAGCACCGGUGUCAUCAGCCAUGUAGGGGAUGCCUUGAAAGACCACUCUUCCAAGUCCAGAGGCCGAGUUUGUGCUAUAGGAAUUGCUCCGUGGGGCAUCGUGGAGAAUAAGGAAGACCUGGUUGGAAAGGAUGUAACGAGAGUGUACCAGACCAUGUCUAACCCUCUAAGUAAGCUCUCUGUGCUCAACAACUCCCACACUCACUUCAUCCUGGCUGACAACGGCACCCUGGGCAAAUAUGGCGCCGAGGUGAAGCUGAGAAGGCAGCUAGAAAAGCACAUCUCUCUGCAAAAGAUCAACACAAGACUGGGGCAGGGUGUGCCCCUCGUGGGCCUCGUGGUGGAAGGGGGCCCUAACGUGGUUUCCAUCGUCUUGGAGUAUCUCCGAGAAGACCCACCAGUCCCCGUGGUGGUCUGCGACGGCAGCGGACGAGCCUCGGACAUCCUGUCUUUUGCACACAAGUACUGUGAAGAAGGAGGGAUAAUAAACGAAUCUCUCAGGGAUCAGCUUCUAGUUACCAUUCAGAAAACAUUUAAUUACAACAAGGCACAAUCGCAUCAGCUGUUUGCAAUUAUAAUGGAGUGCAUGAAAAAGAAAGAACUCGUCACCGUGUUUAGAAUGGGUGCCGAGGGUCAGCAAGACAUCGAGAUGGCAAUUUUAACUGCCCUGCUGAAAGGAACAAACGCAUCGGCGCCAGACCAACUGAGCUUGGCGCUGGCUUGGAACCGCGUUGACAUAGCACGAAGCCAGAUCCUCGUCUUUGGGGCCCACUGGCCGCCCCUGGGAAGCCUGGCCCCCCCGACGGAUAGCAAGGCCACAGAGAAGGAGAAGAAGCCGCCCACAGCGACCACCAAGGCAGGAAGAGGAAAAGGAAAAGGGAAGAAGAAAGGGAAAGUGAAAGAGGAGGUGGAGGAAGAAACUGAUCCCCGGAAGAUCGAGCUGCUGAACUGGGUGAAUGCUCUGGAGCAAGCCAUGCUGGACGCUUUGGUCUUAGAUCGAGUCGACUUUGUGAAGCUCCUGAUUGAAAAUGGAGUGAACAUGCAACACUUUCUUACCAUUCCAAGGCUGGAAGAGCUUUAUAACACAAGGCUGGGUCCACCAAACACACUUCAUUUGCUGGUGAGAGACGUGAAAAAGGGCAACCUUCCUCCCGACUACCACAUCAGCCUCAUAGACAUAGGGCUCGUGCUGGAGUACCUCAUGGGAGGCGCCUACCGCUGCAACUAUACUCGGAAGAGCUUUCGGACCCUUUACAACAACUUGUUUGGACCCAAGAGGCCUAAAGCCCUUAAACUUCUGGGGAUGGAAGAUGAUGAGCCUCCAGCAAAAGGGAAGAAAAAGAAAAAGAAGAAAAAGGAGGAAGAGAUCGACAUCGAUGUGGACGAUCCUGCUGUGAGCCGUUUCCAGUACCCCUUCCACGAGCUGAUGGUGUGGGCUGUUCUGAUGAAACGCCAAAAAAUGGCCGUCUUCCUGUGGCAGCGAGGCGAGGAGAGCAUGGCCAAGGCCCUGGUGGCCUGUAAGCUCUACAAGUCCAUGGCCCAUGAGUCCUCCGAGAGCGAGCUGGUGGACGACAUCUCCCAGGAUCUGGACAACAAUUCAAAAGACUUUGGCCAGCUGGCUGUGGAGCUGUUGGACCAAUCCUAUAAGCACGACGAGCAGAUCGCCAUGAAACUGCUCACCUAUGAGCUAAAAAACUGGAGCAACUCGACCUGCCUCAAGCUGGCUGUUGCAGCCAAACACCGGGACUUCAUUGCUCACACCUGCAGCCAGAUGCUGCUGACCGACAUGUGGAUGGGACGGCUGCGCAUGAGGAAAAAUCCUGGCCUAAAGGUUAUAAUGGGGAUUCUUCUUCCCCCCACCAUCUUAUUCUUGGAAUUUCGCACGUAUGAUGACUUCUCAUAUCAAACAUCCAAGGAAAAUGAAGAUGGCAAAGAAAAAGAAGAGGAGACUAUGGAUGCGAAUGCAGAUGCUGGCUCCAGAAAGGGGGAUGAAGAGAAUGAGCACAAAAAGCAAAGAAGUAUUCCCAUUGGCACAAAGAUCUGUGAAUUCUAUAAUGCUCCCAUUGUCAAGUUCUGGUUUUACACAAUAUCGUACUUAGGUUACUUACUGCUCUUCAACUACGUCAUCCUGGUGCGGAUGGACCGCUGGCCCUGUCUCCAGGAGUGGAUCGUCAUCUCCUACAUCGUGAGCCUGGCCUUAGAGAAAAUACGAGAGAUCCUAAUGUCCGAACCGGGCAAACUCAGCCAGAAAAUAAAGGUUUGGCUUCAGGAGUACUGGAACAUCACGGAUCUCGUGGCCAUUUCCAUGUUCAUGAUUGGAGCAAUCCUUCGCCUACAGAAGCAGCCGUACAUGGGCUACGGCCGAGUCAUCUACUGUGUGGAUAUCAUCUUCUGGUACAUCCGCGUCCUGGACAUCUUUGGUGUUAACAAGUAUCUGGGGCCCUACGUGAUGAUGAUUGGAAAGAUGAUGAUUGACAUGCUGUAUUUUGUGGUCAUCAUGCUGGUUGUGCUGAUGAGUUUUGGAGUAGCCCGUCAAGCCAUUUUGCACCCAGAUGAGGAGCCGUCUUGGAAACUGGCCCGAAACAUCUUCUACAUGCCCUACUGGAUGAUCUACGGAGAGGUGUUUGCAGACCAGAUAGACCCUCCUUGUGGUGACAACCAGUACGAUGAGGACGGCAAGCGGCUCCCUCCGUGUAUCCCAGGUGCCUGGCUCACUCCGGCCAUCAUGGCGUGCUACCUCCUGGUGGCCAACAUCCUGCUGGUGAACCUGCUCAUUGCAGUUUUUAACAAUACCUUCUUUGAAGUAAAGUCAAUAUCCAACCAAGUGUGGAAAUUCCAGCGCUAUCAACUGAUUAUGACAUUCCAUGACCGGCCAGUCCUCCCUCCACCAAUGAUCAUUUUAAGCCACAUCUACAUAAUCAUUAUGCGUCUUAGUGGUCGCUGUAGGAAGAAAAGAGAAGGGGACCAAGACGAACAGGAUCGUGGACUGAAGCUGUUUCUCAGCGAGGAGGAGCUCAAGAGACUGCAUGAGUUCGAGGAGCAGUGCGUGCAGGAGCACUUCCAAGAGAAGGAGGACGAGCAGCAGUCGUCCAGUGACGAGCGCAUCCGCGUCACUUGUGAGAGGGUUGAAAAUAUGUCAAUGAGGUUGGAAGAAAUCAAUGAACGAGAAAAUUUUAUGAAAACUUCCCUACAGACUGUUGACCUUCGACUUUCCCAACUAGAAGAAUUAUCUAGCAGAAUGGUGAAUGCUCUGGAAAAUCUUGCAGGAAUUGACAGGUCCGACCUGAUACAGACACGGUCCCGAGCUUCUUCUGUAUGCGAUGCAACUUUUCUUCUAAGGCAGAGCAGCCUCAGCAGCGCCGACGGCUACAGCAUGUGUAGAUAUCAUUUUAAUGGAGAGGAGCUGUUGUGUGAGGAUACUUCUGUCUCCAAGCCACCAGGGACAGGAUUCAGGAAAAAAGCCGGUUCCUUCCGUAUGAAGGAAGAGAAGGACCCAAAAACACAUCUGGUACCAGAGCGUCAGGGCAGCCUUCACCUUCUAUCCAGCACAAGCACGCCAGCAACGCCAGAGUGCAGUCGACUUGCAUUCGACAACGUAAAGUACACCUCAGAGCCGAAAUUAGGUCCAGAUAUUGGGAUUUCAGCUGAAGAUGAUGAAAGGCGGGCAGACUCCAGAAGAGAAGAAACUAUUUCCCCAAGUUUAAAUCAAACAGAUGUUAAGAACGGAGAGAACAAAUCAGAUUUUCAAAACACUCAGCUAACCGUGGAAACCACAGAGAUAGAAGGCACUAUUUCCUAUCCUCUGGAAGAAACAAAAAUGACACGCUAUUACCCCGAGGAAACGCUCAAUGCGUGUAAAACAAUGAAGUCCAGAAGCUUUGUAUAUUCCCGUGGAAGAAAGCUGGUCAGAGGGGCUAACAACUGGAGUGCAGAGUACAGUACAGUCACGGACCAAGCAGGCCCCUCUACAAUUCAGCAAUGGACUACAGAAUGGAAAUACCAAGUUAGAAAGAUCACACGUUCUCACAGCACGGAUAUUCCUUUGAUUGUGUCAGAAGCUGCAAUGCAAGCUGAGCGGAAAGAACAAUUUACAGAUACCGAAGAUGAAAACUGUGUUUCUGAAGCAGUCCCUCAAACUUCUCAUUUAUCUCUAGCUGUUACUGACAGAACUGGAAAGGAAAACUUACUGUCUGUGAAAACAGACCAAACUUUGGGAUUCCCAUCUUUAAGGUCAAAAAGCUUACACGGCCAUCCUAGAAAUGCUAAAGGCUUUCAGGGAAAAUUAGAUAGAUCUGGGCAUGCCAGCAGUGCAAGUAACUUAGUAGUUGUGUCUGGAAUUACAGUGGAAGAACAGAAGGCCAAGCAAGAGAAAACUUCCACAGAAACUGAAUGCUAAUGUGUUUCGUUUCUUUGAUUACUAAAUCAAAACCACCGAUGAGUAACAUCUUGGUAAUUUAAACAGCAUCAAUUUCUGAAAACAUUUUCAUUUAAAAUGUUUGGCAAUUUGCACUUAUGAUGAACCUAAAAUUUAAUGCACUAAACUUAAGGUAGUAUUUUUGUAGCAUAUUUUAGUAAACUUAGUUUUUUUUAGUUGGAAUAGGAUCAAAUGAAAGAGACAAUACUCCAAUUGGGAUAAAUCACUUAAUCAGUAUGCAAGAUUCUACACUCUUUUUAUUUCUGAGGGCCACCGAAUAGCCUAAGAAAUGUCACCAAUAGGUUACUUAGGGAGUAAACAACUAUGUAAGAAGGAGAAAUUAAAGAGAAAGCAAACAAGAAAAAAAGGAGGGGCGGGGGAGAAGAAAAAUAAAAUUAUGAGGAGCAAGAAGUCAGAAGUGGAAAGGAACCAUAAACAUCCGAUGUUUUUCAUGGGUCUUUGUUUUAUGUUUUAAUGUUUUAUGUCUUAAAAUUGCACAAUGAAUAAAAAAGUACAAGAUUAUGUCAAAGAUCACACUGUAAUAGUUUAGGGCAACCAAGAGUUUUGUUAAUGUGUCAGAAUAAAGUAUGCAAUAUGCAUCUUCCUGUCGUCAUACAGUCCUUGAGAGCAAACACAAAGGAAUUGUUCCUCUGGCUAUACAUGGCUUGUGCAAAGCAGUGGCUAAAACCUAAAGGAUACAUAUUCACAGCUGAAAUUGUCAAGAACCACAGACACUAUUAACAACAUAGAACACAAGGUGUUGUGCUUCAACUUGUAAGUUCAAAGACCCACCAUAGUGCUCGGCCCCCCAGGCAGGGGUUGGGGAGAGCGGACACUCCCUAGGAACUCUUAAGGCCACCCUACCACCACCACUCUUCACUAUACAAUAUGGGCAGAGAGGUGCAGAAAGGGCUAAAGCAGAAGCCACCAAAAUUUACAGAAGUCAGAGUUGGACCCUCACCAUCCCCCAAGAGCACCUCUUGUGAGGUCUCUGGGAGCCUGUGGAGCACACACAGAGGCCAGCUUCAUGGCUGGAGUUACAGACAGCUGUUACUUUGGUGAAGUGCCUUACACCCAGAAAGAACCAUUGGGUAGGGUAUCCAGGAAUUGGCGGU